AUGCUUUGGGCCCUUCUACUCAUUCUUGUUCUCGGAGCAGAUGCAGCGAAGUCAAAAUGCGUAGACGGAAAGGACAACGUUAUUAGGAUCCACGACACAACAAACGGAAAAGGAAAAAUUUUGGUAAAGGACGUUGAGAUCGGCACCUAUGACAAAAACAAGAAACCUAUCUGCGCAGAUGGAAAGCCCCAAUUCACCUUCCCAGGACAUUUCAAAUUGCUGAAAGGCACUGUCGAAGUGGUUGAACCAGUGAAGGAUGGGAAAGAUCCUAUUCAGCUAUCUGUCAGCCUUGAGAAGAACUCAUUCUUAGUGGGUGUAGUGUGCGAGGAAGGAAAGAGUAAAAACCAAUUUGUUCCCAAUGAGAUGUGCACAUUCGACCUAUGCAAGAUCUCUUCACUCUGCAAUGUGCUUGCAACGCAGACGCCUGAUCCUGUGGAUAUUACAAAAUUCAUUGACAAAGAAUUCAUUGAUAUGGGGCCAAUGCCUAUUCCUCAAUUAUCUGGAGAAUGGCAGCUUUCGGUCAAACUUAUGCAGGGUAAAAAGGUUCUUGGAGGAAUUCGAGUUGGAAAGGGUAGCGAAUGGCUCAACAUCGAGACCGUCGAAGGAGAAGGCGAAAUCAAAUACGAAACCAGCGAGCCACAACCUCAUGGAGAAUUGUAGACUUCACAGAAAUAUUUGUUGUCAGUCUUUCGUUAAAAUUUAGGGAACCAUUGCUUUAAUUAUGUCUUAACCAUGACUGGCCGGGUUGUCUGUAUGUGAUCCUAUGGCCUUUUAAUAAUUCUAAGUUCAGG